UCAAACAUCGAUGGUCGUGUCUUGUGUGAGUGUGCGUCGCAUCAUUAUCAUAAAUAAAUGUGAAACAGUGAAGUUAUUGCAAAACAGUAUCGCUUAAUACGGGAACAAAUAUCAACAAUCACUUAAGCGAUGGCUGAAGAUUUGAGAAAUUACAAUCUACAACUACAGCAGGUGGAAGCAGCUUUACUUACCGACCCUCAGAAUGAGGAGCUGCUGAAGCUGAAAGCGGAUCUGGAAGAAGUAAUUGAAUUGACAAAAGAUCUAAUAAAGACCCAGGAAGGUAACUCCAAAGUGCCCAAUAUUCAUGGUUCUAGUAAUGACGAUGAUGUUACAGCGUCCCUGUUGGCGGCCGAAGGAGCUUCCGAAAGGCCGCAGACUUUAUGGAAGGUUGGAGAAAAGUGCUUAGCCAAGUGGAGAGCAGAUGGAGCGUUCUAUGAAGCUCUGAUUGAAGAGAUAGCUGAAGAUAGCCUCAAAGUAAAGUUUGAUGGCUACACAACCCUAGAAAAUGUUUCCUUGCUGGACAUCAAACCCUUAGGAACUGGUAUUAAAAGGCCGGCUGAGAGUGACGAGGGCAAGCAUGGAAAAGGUUAUAACAGAGAAUACUUGAAGAAGAAGAAACAAAAAAAACAACAAAGAUUUAAGCAAAUUGAAGAGGAGAGAGAAAGUGAGAAAAACAAAUGGCUUUCCUUCAAUACUAAAGCUGCUAAAAAGCCAGGAGUGAAGAGUAAAAGCAUUUUUGCUUCUCCAGACAACCUAACUGGUAGAGUUGGAAUUGGAACUUGUGGCAUAUCUGGGAAACCAAUGACUGAGUACACACCUGGUGAAAAGUGGAAGAAGGGUGGAUAAUAAAUACUCUUACAAAUAGUUUCAUGUUUUUAGUAUAAGUUAUGGUUAUUCAUAGUUUUAAUGUUCUUACAUAGCCAUUUGACUGUUUAGUAAUACUGAAAAACAUUGCCUUUGAUGUGCUGUUACCCACAACUGAGAUGUUUAUAUUAAAUAAAACAUGGUCAAGAUUGAGUACAUAUUAUACUCAUAUAAUUCGAUGCGUGAAUUCUAUGUAAAAACCAAAGUUGUGACAGAACUAUAAAUAAAUUCAGAUUAAAGAUUUGAA